GAGGUGAAAUGGCGCAGAAAGGAGCUCAGCAGGAUCGAGAAAUCUUCUCUUGUCCGAUCUGUCUGGAUCUACUGAAGGAUCCGGUGACUACUUCAUGUGGACACAGCUACUGUAUGAACUGUAUUAAAAGCUUCUGGGAUGGAGAGGAUGAGAAGGAAACCCACAGCUGCCCUCAGUGCAGACAGACGUUCACUCCGAGGCCUGUCCUGCUGAAAAACACCAUAUUAGCAGUUUUAGUGGGUGAGUUGAAGAAGACCGGACUCUCAGCUGCUCCUGCUGAUCUCUGCUAUGCUGGAGCUGAAGAUGUGGCCUGUGAUGUCUGCACUGGGAGAAAACUGAAAGCCUUCAAGUCCUGUCUCACCUGUCUGAUCUCUUACUGCGAGCAACACCUCCAGCCUCACUAUGAUGUAGCUCUGUUAUCAAAACACAAGCUGGUGGAGCCCUCCAAGAAGCUCCAGGAGAACAUCUGCUCUCAGCACGAUGAGGUGAUGAAGAUGUUCUGCCGUACCGAUCAGAAGUCUAUCUGUUAUCUCUGCUCUGUGGACCAACAUAAAGGCCACGACACGGUCUCAGCUGCAGCAGAACGGACGGAGAAGCAGAAAGAGCUGGAGGUGAGUCGACAAAACAUCCAUCAGAGAAUCCAGGACAGAGAGAAAGAUGUGAAGCUGCUUCAACAGGAGGUGCAGAACAUCAAUCGCUCCGCUGAUAAAACAGUGGAGGACAGUGAGAAGAUCUUCACCGAGCUGAUCCGUCUCAUGCAGAAAAGAAGCUCCGAGGUGAAGCAGCAGGUCAGAUCCCAGCAGGAAACUGAAGUGAGUCGAGUCAAAGAGGUGGAGGAGAAGCUGCAGCAGGAGAUCAGAGAGCUGAAGAGGAAAGACGCUGAACUGAAGAAACUCUCAAACACAGAGGACCACAACCAGUUUCUCCACAGCUACCCCUCACUGUCAGCACUCAGUGAGUCCACAUCCAGCAUGGAGAUCCGUCCUCUGCGCUACUUUGAGGACGUGACAGCGGCCGUGUCACGAGUCAGAGACAUACUACAGGACGUCCUGAGAGACAAAUGGACAAAGCUCUCACUGACUGAAGUGGAUGUUUUACUGUCAGAUUCACCAGCAGAGCCCACGACCAGAGCUGGAUUCUUAAAAUAUUCAUGUGAGAUCACACUGGAUCCAAACACAGCACACACAUGGCUGUUAUUAUCUGAGGGGAACAGAAAAGCAACAUACAUGAGUCAUCAUCAGUUCUAUCCAAGUCACCCAGACAGAUUCGCUAGAUAUAAUCAGGUCCUGAGUAGAGAGAGUCUGACUGGACGAUGUUACUGGGAGGUGGAGUGGAGAGGGGGUGGAGGUCGUGUAGCAGUUUCAUACAAGAAUAUCAGCAGAGGGGAGUUUAAUGACUCUGUAUUUGGACGCAGUGACAAAUCUUGGGCAUUAAUAUGUUACAAGAAUAAAUAUACAUUUUGGUACAACAAUAUCCAAACUCCCGUCUCAGGUCCUCGGUCCUCCAGAGUGGGAGUGUACCUGGAUCACAGAGCAGGUAUUCUGUCCUUCUACAGCGUCUCUGAAACCAUGACCCUCCUCCACAGAGUCCAGACCACGUUCACUCAGCCGCUCUAUGCUGGACUUCUGGUUGGUGACACUGCUGAGUUCUGUAAACUCAAAUAACCAAAGGGACAGCAGGUAAAAAUGUGUUUUAAUUCUUAAAGCUCACAUUUUGAUCAUCUUUGUGGUGUUUCAUUUGAAGUUUUUAUAUCUAUAAGAGGACAAAUUCGUAGUUUUAUGUGCUAAAACCACCGCACCUGGAGGCAUUAUCAAAAUGACCAAAAAAGACACAGAAUUACUAAAAAAAAGACACAAAAUGACAAAAAUUAAAUAAAUUACUUAAAAAAAGAAACAAAUUGACCAAAGAAAGACACAAAA